AUGGAAGGGUAUACCAAGAUCAAACUGGUGAAGAACACCAAAUCUAGAUCCAUAGAUAUAUCAGAUUUCUCAACUUUCCCUCAAACCCCAAAAUUCACUGAAAACACUAGUCCAAACCACACCUCCAAAAUCCAUGAAACCAAACAGAUCAAGACCACCAACACCCAUAUCUCCCCAUCAAAUGUAGUAGAGGAACACGGCAAUGGAGAGAGGUUUGGUAUGAAACUAAGCAGAAACAGCUCAGUUUCUUCAACUUCAUCCCACAUUUUCAGGUUUGACAAACAGAACACAACACCACUUCAGUCUGCAGUGAAAAAGGCCUUCUCAAUGAGAAGAUCUUCAUCAGUUUCUGAGGGUUAUUGCAGGAUUCAUAACCAAUUUGUAACAUUAGCAUCUCCCACUGAUGAUGAUUUUGAAGGCAUGGACAGCAAGAAUGCAAUGCAGACAAGAUCUGUGAAGAAGAUGCAUAGAAGUGGCAGGAUCCUCAAAGCCUGUAAGAGCUUUUUUGGACUUUAG